GCUGGGCGUCCCGGGAUGGCGCUGCUGUACCGGUUCACGCGGCUCAACGACCGCUCCAACACGGGCGUCUUCACGUUCAUCGCCACCCGCUCCGUGACCCGGGACCUGCACCGGGACGCCACGACCAAGGACUUUCCCUUCGGCUACCACCGAUGGGCCGUCUCGUUCGUUCGCACCGACAAGGUGCUGGGAGUGCUGCUGAGGAUCCGCAACCCGGCGCCGGGGUCCAAGUGCUACCUAGACUUUACCUUCACCCUGCUCAACCGCGAGCACUUCUCCAAGAACGAAGCCAUCUCCGAGAAACAGGUGCGGUUCACGUCCGAGGAGUCUACGCACGGCUCGUCGCGCUGGAUCCUGAUCUCAGACCUGCAGUCUCGGCGCUUCUCCGACGAGACCGGAGAGUUCCUGCUGGAGCUUUCGCUGUCCAACGUGACGACCGUGUUCGAGACGGACAUCCGGGUGCCGCAGAACCUGGUGAACCAGCACCACCAUCACCACCACCACCACCGGGGCAGCGCCACCGGACACCAGACACAGAAGGAGUGGGCCACCGUCACGAUGCCGGGCCAGGUGGCCGUUGCGGCCAACGCCUCCUCGCAGCUCCCUCGAUUGGAGUCCUCCUACUUUUGCUUCGGGGGCUUCGAGUGGAACAUCUCCCUGCUGCCUGAAGGGUCUCCCGAGGACGGCGACAAUGGCCGGCCCAGGGUGCUCCUCAACAGGCUGACCGGGUUUGACCACCCGUGCCGAGUGCAGUACCGAGUGGUGCUGGGCGAGGGCGAGCGCCGCGCGGACUCCGGGGUGCUGGACCAGAUCUCGGACCUGUCCGGCAGGAUCCGGGGCUUUUCACUCCGGGGACCGGGCGCGGCAGACCUCCUGCGCAGGGGCACGCUCCGGCUCCAGCUCCACAUGCUGUCCGCCAACGCCAUCUCCGAGGCCAAGGUAUCGGCGACUGGCAGCGGCACAACAGACCCUUCGGGCAAUGGGGCGACGGCGCCCAACUGCUACGACCGGGACAAGCAACCCUGGUGCGUGGAGGUAGACCUUGGCUCUGACUGCGUGCGGCUCAAGCUCUACUACGCCGAGCUGCAGCACAUUCCCCGGGGACAUCUGAGAUACGUCGCCUGGAAUGCCUACCUUAUACGCAGGCAGCCUGGCUCCGGAGCCAGGGAGAGCGUUCUGGCGCUUCGGGCGCCCCAUUCCAGCUACUACGUCCAGGACGGCAUGGAUGUCGGCGUCGUCAUGGAGACAGACGUCACUGUCAGGGAGGUCCGUGAGUCUGCAAGUAUGUAUCUUGACGGCUCGGGCAGCCUGACGGUGCACGUGGAGUGGUUGGAUUCGCAGCUUCUGUUCGGUUCCACCUACCACAAGUACGACGACAUCGCGCGCACCCAGUGCCAUCAGAUGAAGCGCGAGAUAGCGGCCCUGCAGGCGGAGAACUACAACCUGGAGCGACAGGUGUUCAGCUACCAGAAAUCCAUCUCGUACGCGAGCGCCAGGGGCCAACCUUCGGAAGACCUGCCCGAGGACUACUACGCCAACCAUGUUCGGCGCCUGUCCGAGACGCAGAGCCUCUCGGAGUCCGAGUACGCCUAACUCUCUCGGCUCCAUCCCCGUGGGACACCGCCGCCCGUCCUCGCGUCCCUUCUUCAGCCUUCUUCUGCACAAUCGCCAUCCCGAUGCCUUUACUCGGAACUGGGCGCUCCCGCGACCCCGUGGCCUCGACGCUCCGUCGAGGUCGCCUUGACCUUGUCAGCCUAGGUCGGCACCGCCGCCUGGACAACCACGUCCGAACACGCCGGGGACAGACCACGGAAAAGCCGCUC